UGGAGUUUCUCAUGUUCUGGAGUUCCUCCUGGUUCUCCAGUUUCCUCUCACCAGGAAACUGGGUCAGUAGGUGGAUUGGCUAUGCUAAAUUGCCCCUAAGUGUGAAUGAGUGUGUGAAUGUGUGUGUGCAUGCUGCCCUAGUGUCCCAUCCAGGGUGUAGUCCGGGAUUAAGCGGUUACCGAAGAUGAAUGAAUGAACUACUGUGAAUACUCUUUGGAUAUGAAACCAAUUAUUGUGUGGUAUUUGUGAUUUAUGACAUUUAUGACCAUUUAACUCAACUUCAGAUGAACGUGUCAGUGGUGAUGUCAUUUUGAGCCAAACAACAGCCUGUUUUCAUCUCAGCGUAAAGUGGACUAGUCUAUAAACUAACAGAGAUUUAGGUUUCAGUAUAAUGCCCCUGAUACAUGAUAGACUUUCGUAAAUGACUUUCUCUGUCACGCUAAUGCUAAUCUGACAUCAUAGUUCUGAUCUGACAUCACUGCAGGAGCACAGGUGCAGUUGCACACAUACCAUUGUUCAAAUGUUUUUUCCUCAUUGGUGCAAUGCUGUGGUGAAUUGUUAAUGAUGGGUGCUCAUUCAAACAUUUUAUGUGUCAUCACUACAACUGUUCGGGAGCUUUUCUUUCCAUGUGUGUGUCUGUGUGUGUGUGUGAGAGAGAGAGAGAGAUUCACAAUAAAUGGGAGGGAGAAAAGGAGUAGGAAUAAGGAAUAAAACUGUGUGGGUCUGUAUCAGAUCUGUUUGUGAAAGAGCAGAAUAGAGAGAGAGCAGCACUCUGUCUCUCUCUCUCUCUCUCCUUCUCUCUCACACACACAUACACACUCUCGUGUCUCAUUGCUAGAAUGGAACUCAAGCAGAGCCAGUGAGCGCUCACCAUUGAUAGCGUUCUAUCCUCAAUAAUACACCUCCUUACUGCAUGGCUCUCUCAGUAUUAUGCAGAGAAUACUGAAAUGAAACGGAUAUAAUUGUCAUAAUGUGAGAUUGAAGCAAAGGAGGCAUGUGAUUGGCUGAGAGCAGCAGGAUUUCCACAGUAUGCUCAGCUCUAUGAGGAUUCUCAGUUUCCUAUUGACAUAUCUGCUGUGGAAAAGGACCAUGACUUCCUGGAUAAAGAUCUGGUGGAGCCCCUGUGCCGGCGGCUUCAAACCCUAAACAAGUGUGCCUCCAUGAAACUGGACGUGGGCUUUCCUAAGAAGAGAUGCGCUGUGUUGGACUGGUGUCCCAUCCAUGGUGUUCCCGGUAUUCCUGGGAUAGGCUCCAGAUCCUAUACGGUCCAUAUAUCAUUUUUAAUACUCUAUUGUGUUAUGUCAGUUUUGGACUCAGUUAGCUAUGCUGUAUGUGUUUUAUAUAUAUGUGUGUGUGUUGUAUUUGUUAAGUGUAGGACUGGGCUAUACUUACACUACCAGUAAAACUUUUGGACACAAUGUCAUAGAAGGCAUAGAAGAAAGGAAUCAUGCAUUGACUAAGAGAAGUGUUGAACAAAUCAAAAUUAUUUUAUAUUUUAAAUUAUUAAAAUAUUCCUGACUGAUACAUGAAGCUUUGCACACUCUUCUCAGACAGCAUCUUCUCAGACAGCUUCAUGAGGAGCUUCACCCAGGAGGCUUUUCUCAGAGUUCCCAACUAGGCUGAUCUCCUCACUGCUUCUCCUAAGUCCUAAAUGAAAGCUACUGUUUGGGGAAAUGAUUUCAUUUUAAGUAAAACUACUUGUAUAAAACCACCUGUUUGUAGAUAUUUUGAUUCAGAAAUAAAUUUAUACAUGACCAUUAACUUUGGUAUUUACUUUUAUCUUAUAAACAUAUUCCAACCAUAAGCCUUUCUCAGAUGUUCUUUACGACAAUGUAACAUAUAUUGUAUGUGUAUCUAGUGUGUCAGAAUAUUUGACUGGUAGUGUAAUACUGAGGUAUUAUAUAAACAGCUGUGUGAGUUUUGUUGUCAUAUAAUUGCACUGUAAAAUAGCCUUUGUGUAUCUUGAACUAUAUCUGCCUUCCCAUAAAACCCAAAUGCUCCCCAAUUUCAAGAUUUUACGCAAUUUUAGUGGCUAUUCCUAUGACAGACUUUGGCUUCACAGCGACCCUGAACAGGAUAAAGCCAUUACUGAAGAUGAAUAAAUUACUAUGACCCUGGCAGAAAGUGGGUACCAUGGAGUCAUGUAUCAUCAGCUUUUUGUGAAGGAUAUUUCAUCUGACAUCAAGGAAGUAGUGAGGACUCGGACGAGGACGACCUGCUGGCCAUCAGCAACAGAUGGACAUUUGAGUGGAGCAGCCGCCGCUGGUCUCGCCUGCAGGACAUUGACCUCAUCCUGGGGGCAAGAGAUCGGCGGAGGACUGUGAGCAGUGAGAGUGUCCUGACCGAUCUGAGCGAACCUGAGAUCUGCUCACUGCACAGUGAGGACUCACUGUCUGUCAUGCCUGAGUCUGCAUCCUUCAGCCCACUAAGCAUGCCCCAGUACCAAGACCUGCCUCGCUACAACACACUUCCUGCAAAGAGCGGCCGACACGGGCGCACACGCGCCAAGGACUUCCUUCGGCGGAUGGAGACUCUGGGCCGCUCAUGGGGGGCAUUGCGGGCAUGUCCAGAGCGGCGUUCCAUGACAAUUAGUGGGCCAAUUCUGCAAAGCGAACCAGAGGCUCUACGAACACUACGCUGCAUCCAAAAUUUUAAUGGAGAGCCAGGUGAUACUGAAAACACACCCACUGCUAGCAACUGUCCAUCCAUUUUCACUACCAGUGAGGAGACCAGCCAAUCUGAGACUGGCAGAAGCAUUGAGAGCACACCCAACUUGAAGGAGCAUAUUCCAGAAGUACACAACACCAGCAAGCGUGCAGGCAUGUAUCUGGAAAAUCUGAACGUGCUUUCUCAUGACACCCAGAGAAGGACAUCAGUAGAACAAAAUCUCAGGAAUGAAUUUCACUCCUAUGAGGAUCUGAUGGUACACAUCCCAAAGGACCACAAGCCCGGGACUUUUCCCAAAGCACUGUCCAUAGAGAGUUUGACUCCAGCCAGUGGGGAGGGAGGGAAGUGGAGGGUUCAAGAAUCAGAGCAGCAUCAGCAACUGAGGAACAGGAAAUGGGCAGGGCGAGAGAACCGAGCCAUGACACGCUGCUGCCCACGAAGCAGCCGCAUUAGCAUUUAUGACAAUGUACCAGGUUCACACCUGUAUGCCAGCACUGGAGAUCUGAUGGACCUAGAGAAGGAGGAUGACCUGUUCCCGCACCUGGAUGACAUCCUGCAGCAUGUGAAUGGCCUGCAGCAGAUUGUAGAUCAAUGGUCCAAAAAUGUGCUGCCUGAGGGAGAAGGUGAGGGUGAUGGGGGGCGGGACCAUGCAAUGAUGGAUACUCAGUCUUCCAGUCAGAUCACAUUGGAUUUUGAAGGGACCUCAGUGAAUACACCUAGUGAUGGAGACAGAGAUGGAGUGUCUUUGAAUGAAACAGAUGUUUCAAGCACAAGAGAGCGGCGAGACUCGGGGGUUGGUGCAUCACUCACCCGGCCUCGUCUCAGGUGGCCCAGCUUCAGGAUAUCCAAUCGCCUCAGCCAAUCAGGAACUUCAUUACAGAUCUCCAGCCAAUCAGCAGGUCAGCUCAGCCUGUUGCAGAAGUUCUCAUUGCUGCGCCUCACAGCCAUCAUGGAGAAAUAUUCAAUGUCCAACAAGCAUGGCUGGAUGUGGUCAGUCCCAAAGUUCAUGAAGCGGAUGAAGGGACCAGAGUACAGGGAUAAGGGUGUGUAUGGAGUGCCUCUGGUUGUCCAUGUGCAGCGCUACGGCCAGCCUCUACCUCUCUGCCUGCAGCUAGCACUGCGCUACCUCUGGAGGCAAUGCCUCGACCAGGUAGGGCUUUUCCGUAAGUCUGGGGUGAAGUCUCGGAUCCAGGCUCUGAGACAGAUGUGUGAGAGUUCUCCAGAGAGUGUAGACUACGAGGAUCAGUGUGCAUACGACGUGGCCGACAUGGUGAAGCAGUUUUUCCGAGACCUUCCUGAGCCACUGCUCACCAGCAAACUCGGAGAGACCUUCCUCCAUAUAUAUCAGCACGUCCCUAAAGAGCAGCGCUUGCAGGCAGUGCGCGCCGCCAUUAUGCUAAUGGCAGAUGAGAACCGUGAAGUGCUGCAGACGCUGCUGUGUUUCCUGAGUGAUGUCACUUCCUCUGUAGAGGAGAACCAGAUGACGCCAAUGAACCUGGCUGUGUGCCUCGCGCCAUCUCUCUUUCAUCUGAACAUUAUGAAGAAUGACAACCUUUCACCAAGGUCAAUCCAGCGGAAGUACGCCACAGGACGCCCUGACCAAAAGGAUCUUAAUGAGAACCUCGCUGCCACUCAGGGGCUCGCCCACAUGAUCACCGAGUGCAACCGACUCUUUGAGGUCCCUCAGGAGAUGAUUGCUCAGUCAAGGAACUCAUAUGUGGAAGCUGAGGUACUAGCACCCCCCCUGGAUGACCUUUGCAAACAGCUACAGCCACACAUGGAAGAAGAAGAGGAGGAGGAAGGCUCCUAUCGCUGCCACAUGGAGGGACUGAUCCAGAACCUGCAAAAAGAGGCCAGAGACAAGGCCAAGUGCUGGCUCAGCCAACCCACUAUCGACAACGUGGAGCUCGCAUUCAAAAAGGUGGGUGACGGAACUCCACUGCGGCGGUGGCGCAUCUCGGUUGAAGUGGAGGCUCCGCCGUCUGUGCUGCUGAACCGGGUUCUGCGAGAGCGCCACCUGUGGGACAAUGAUCUCCUACAGUGGAAAGUUCUGGAAACACUGGACAAGCAGACUGAAGUGUAUCAGUAUGCUCUCAACAGCAUGGCCCCUCACCCCAGCAGAGACUUUGUGGUACUCAGGAUGUGGCAGACAGACCUACCAAAGGGUGUGUGUGCAUUAGUGACUGUUUCUAUUGACCAUGAGGACAGUGCAUCUAUGGGAGGGGUUCGGGGCAUCGUCCUGGAGUCACACUACCUGCUUGAGCCCUGUGGGUCUGGAAAGUCGAGACUCACACACAUCUGCAGAGUGGACCUCAAGGGGAAGUCUCCUGAGUGGUAUAACAAAGCCUUUGGCCAUAUAUGUGCUGCCCAGGCAGCUCGUAUUCGCAACUCCUUCCAACCUCUGGACACUGAAGGCCCCGAGACCAAGAUCUGAGCCUGGCUCUGGAGGAAGGCCUGGAGUCCAGGGUUUGAACCAGGAUCAGGGUUACAAACAGGGUUGAUAUUAGGGUUUGUACCAGGAUCCCAUUUAGGACCAGGGUUUGAACAAGAAUCAGGGUUUGGUCUGAGAACAGGGUCAGAAACAGGGACAGGAUCAGGUUUUGAACCAGGGUUCGGACCAUGUGACAAACUUCUUAUGCUGCAACAAGUGAAGUAAUAUGAAGAGAAAGGUGAAAAAAUGAAAGUGAGAAAGAGAAAGGUGGAUCUCUAGUAGGUGUCAAUGCUGGAAAUACAAGAAUGAUUAAACAUUUUCCUAGCUAAAAUGAAAAUGCCCAAAGAGGUAUUCUCAAGAAACACUGAUACUUAUCUGGCUAUAACCCCUGUGAAGGUAUUUAAUCAUCCGUCUUAUUUGAAAUAUCUAGUACUAGUGCUAGUCAAGACAACUGGACUUGUGGUAUAAUUGAAAGAUCUAUCUUUUUCAUCUAAAGGCAUUUCACCACAGAGUUGAGUAUUUUGACUUAUUGCUAUCAGAAGUGUGUAACUCAUAUCUGAUGGCUGUAAUUAACUGUACAAUAUUUUCACAGGCAUAAGAUUAAAGGAGGGCACUUAUUUUUGGAUAGUCAAAACUGCCAGCUUCAGAGUUUUUGUUUGUUGAACUUUGUAUGAGGAACAUGGAGUGAUAAUUGGAAAUAAAGACCCAGAGAGAAAGUGCUACGGGGCUCUGCAGCAUCUCAGCUUAACUUAUAGAUACAGACAUUGUGAAAAGAUCUUCACGUCUUGGCGCUAACACCUGCAGAUGUCUAUCUGUCGAGCAUAGUACUGUACUAAUAUCUAUAGAUUAGAUUAUGCUAAAUCAUCCGAUGCUGCGUUCACCAUCACCUCAGCCCAAUCCUUACAGAGUAAAUAAGCACGAUUCAUUAAAAUGUUUGGUGUUGCACUAAAAUAUCACUUAUGCUGUUGCAUUUCCCAUUGAAACAAUAGUUAGAUCAUUUUAAAUGAUUUUCAGUGAUUAUGCAUAUUAAGUGUGGAACGGUGGGAAGAAAAUCACAAUCGUACUACCUGACGUCAAUGUUUACCAUGUCAGAGUGUAAGAUUUGUGUCUUGACUUCAACAAGUUCUUUUAAAAAGUCCACUCUGUUUAAAAAAAAAAAAUCUACUAUAACACUUUUUGGUGGCAUCAUCAUCUGUAUCAGUAUAUCACGAUGUAAAUAGUAUAACUAUUUCAGAUUUCUUUAUCCGGAUAUACUAGUAUUCUGUGGUUCAUUUUACCCCGGAGAGCCACAUUAAAUAGUCAAAGAAUGGGAAGAAAAUUAGUUGAUUGGGACAGAUUUUGAAUACAGCUGCAAAAAAAGCCAGCUGUGAAUUCUCAGCUGGAUUUGCCUGUAAAUGUGUGUGCAUACACCAAUCCUAAUCUUAGCUCAUGGGCAUCCAUCCGAAUAAGUGUUUAUUAUUAUUAUUAUUAUUAUUAUUAUUAUUAUUAUUAUUAUUAUCAUUAUUAUGCUUCCAUGCUAUACAAUGUCUAGGACAUUAAUCCAUUUCACUGCUUCUGAGAAGCAUGUCUGUAUUCAUUUUUAAAUACUGUAUAGCUAGAACCAAUUGUGUCCUUGUAUAUAUUUGCAUGUGUAUGUGAAGAAGUGUACAUAUACCUAUUUUACAGUAUAUUUUGUACAUAAGUGAGGCUAAUAGGCAGAUUUACCUGCUUCCUUUGCUUAUAGUUUUUUUUUUUGUGUGUGUCAUAUUGAUAUGUUGAAAAUAAUGCAAUACCAAAAUCUAUACGCUGUUGGCUGCCUCUCCAGUGGGGUGUGAGUGUGCGUGAGUGUGUGUGUGUAUGAGACGGACGUGAGCUAUAUGGCAGUGCAUGUCACUGGUGUCAGGCUCUAAAAAGUAGCUUCCAAAGCUGCAGAAAGAAGAAAGGCGGCGUGAAUACUAACCGAGAAGCUGCACACAGCUAGUCGAAAGGCUAUGUACUGUGCCAAGCUGACCUGGGCCAUUUAAAACCACCAGAAAGCUACCAGGCUGCAUUCCUGUAUCGUUCACACACUUCACACCUUCAAACAAACGAAUGCAAAUUUGAGUUUGCUAUCUAAAUCUUAUAAAUAAGCGUUCAUUCUGUCUGUGCUGCUUCCAGUGAUACAGUUAUGAAUUAAGGAAAUACCAUCAUCUCAUUAUGAUGAUCAGGUAACCAAAUGCACAGCUUACAGGAAGCUUGUUCAUUUGACUAUCUCUUUCAAAGACUAAAUGUGAAUACACUUGACCUCCAAGGCUAAAUAACUUUUAAAAGCUCUCCUAACAGGCAGCUAACAACAGGAUGGUGGUAUUUCCCCUAUUCAGAUAAUUAUUAUCAUUCAAAGCAGCACAGAUAUAGCUAAUAUGCACAGGCAUUAUAGAGUAACUAUUGAUUUUUCCUAUUUUUCACAAAGAAGCUUUCUGAAGAUGUUUAAAUGGCCCAAGAUGAUUAGCUGUGCCCUUCAGGCUGUGGUAUGCAACCUUACAGUGAUAUUCACAGUAUCUUUCUCCUUCCUACAUGUAGGUGUGUGUGUGUAUGUGUGUCACCAUCUAUUUGUAAUGAAUAAAAUGAAAACCUCUGAACA